CGCGCGGGUCCAGCCUCGCCCAGCCACCGGGCCUCGGCUCAGAGCGCCGUAGCCAUGGCCGGGCCCCCCACGCCGCUCCUGCUGCUACUGCUGCUCUGGCCGCUCCUGGGCGCCCCCCGGACCAACGCUCAGAAAGUGGGACCUCGAGGCCCCCCUGGUCCCCAAGGGCCUCCUGGGAAGCCCGGAAAGGACGGCAUCGAUGGAGAAGUUGGCCCUCCAGGUCUGCCUGGACCCCCAGGAACAAAAGGAGCCCCAGGGAAGCCAGGGAAACCUGGAGAAGCUGGACUGCCUGGACUCCCUGGUGUGGAUGGGCUGACUGGGAGGGAUGGACCCCCUGGACCCAAGGGCGCCCCUGGAGAACGGGGAAGUCUGGGACCCCCAGGGCCACCUGGACUGGGGGGCAAAGGUCUCCCAGGACCCCCGGGAGAGGCAGGAGUAAGUGGUCUCCCUGGUGGACUAGGCCUCCGAGGACCCCCAGGACCCUCUGGACUCCCAGGCCUUCCUGGGCCCCCAGGACCUCCUGGCCCCCCUGGUCACCCAGGAGUCCUCCCAGAAGGUGCUGCUGACCUUCAGUGCCCUGCCAUUUGCCCACCAGGACCCCCUGGGCCCCCAGGAAUGCCAGGGUUCAAGGGACCCACUGGCUACAAAGGCGAGCAAGGAGAAGUUGGCAAGGAUGGUGAAAAGGGUAAUCCUGGCCCCCCAGGCCCCCCCGGCAUCCCAGGCACUGUGGGGCUGCAGGGCCCUCGGGGGCCACGAGGACUACCAGGCCCACUGGGGCCCCCUGGAGACCGGGGCCCCAUCGGGUUCCGAGGGCCCCCUGGGAUCCCAGGAACACCCGGGAAAGCGGGUGACAGAGGCGAACGAGGCCCAGAGGGCUUCCGUGGCCCCAAGGGGGACAUUGGCAAAGCUGGUCCCAAAGGAGUCCCAGGAGUGACCGGGCCAGGUGGAGAGCCGGGCAUGCCAGGCAAGGACGGUCGAGAUGGUGUGCCAGGACUUGACGGGGAGAAGGGAGAGGCUGGACUAGGUGGCGCCCCUGGAGAGAAAGGCCCCAAUGGCCUACCGGGGAUGCCUGGACGUGCAGGGGCCAAGGGCGAGAAGGGGGAACUGGGUAAAGCUGGAGAGCUGGGUGAGGCUGGCCCUUCUGGAGAGCCUGGUAUCCCUGGAGAUGUUGGUGUUCCUGGAGAGCGUGGAGAGGCUGGUCACAGGGGCUCUGUGGGGGCUCUGGGCCCACAAGGUCCUCCUGGGGCCCCUGGCACCCGAGGUUUCCAGGGCCAGAAAGGCAACAUAGGUGACCCUGGCCUGCCAGGCCCCCAGGGCCUCAGAGGUGGCAUUGGUGAGCGAGGCCCAGGAGGAGCUGCAGGCCUGAAGGGAGAUCAGGGCAUUGCAGGUUCUGAUGGUCUUCCUGGGGACAAAGGAGAACUGGGUCCCAAUGGCCCGGUUGGAUCCAAAGGAGAGUCCGGCAUUCGAGGGGAGCUGGGCCCCAAAGGCAUCCAGGGCCCCAAUGGCACCAGUGGCGUGGAGGGUGUACCCGGACCCCCCGGACCUAUGGGCUUCCAGGGCAUGCCUGGUGUGCCUGGCAUCAUCGGGAAGCCUGGUGUUCCGGGGAAAGAAGCCAGUGAGCAGCACAUCAGGGAGCUGUGCGGGGGCAUGAUCAGUGAACAAAUUGCACAGUUAGCGGCUCACCUGAGGAAACCCUUGGCGCCGGGGUCCAUUGGCCGGCCUGGUCCAGCUGGGCCUCCUGGACCCCCAGGACCCCCAGGCUCCAUAGGUCACCCUGGAGCUCGAGGGCCACCUGGAUACCGUGGCCCUACUGGAGAACUGGGAGACCCUGGACCCAGAGGAAGCCAGGGAGACAGAGGAGACAAAGGCUCAACUGGCAUGGGGCUAGAUGGUCCUGAUGGAGACCAAGGACUCCAAGGACCACAGGGCAUGCCUGGUGCUAGCAGAGACGGCCAAGAUGGAGCCCACGGUGAGCCUGGCCUCCCUGGAGAUCCUGGCCUUCCUGGCACCAUGGGUGCUCAAGGGACCCCUGGCAUCUGUGACACCUCUGCAUGCCAGGGAGCUGUGGCAGGAGGGGGUGGGGAAAAAUCAGGACCUAGAAGCUCCUAAAACAUAACUGAAGUGAGACCGUAAUGCUGGAGGAUGCGGGGGGAGGGGGGGAUGUAGCUGCAAGGUGGAGCAGCCCCAAGGUCAGUUCUUGAAGACCCCAGACUUCCCUUCCCUCUGCAUGGCUGAGGGCAGCUCCUAGACACUGGACCCUCAGAGCAUCCUUCACGGAGCUACUUUCCAAAGAAUUCUGUCUCUGCAUACCAGACAUCUGUAACAUCAUACCUCAGACACAGGCCCAGGUGACAACAUUGUAAACCCAACACUUGAGAGGGAGAGUGGGUGUAUAUAUAAAAUGUUUUGUACAAUUUCAGAAGAUGAAAAAUAUUCAGCAACUUGUUUACAUAGUAUUUGUGUAAAGACUAGGAUAGAAUCCCAAUAUUAUACUUUCAUAUUCAUGACUGGCCUCAGUGUAACCAAAAAAAUAAUAAAAAUUUUAAUAUACAGUCUCCCUUCUAUAAAAAAGUCUAGUCUGGUUACCUGCUUUGUGUAUGAAAUUUUAACUAUCUCCAGUGAACAGUAUUUAUUGAAG